CGUCCAGCUUGUUAAUUUUGCCUAUCGGGAUUUACCUCUGGCGGCCAUCGAUCUGUCCGUGGCAGGUUCCCAGCUCUUGUCAAAUUUGGAUGAGGAAUACCAACGAGAAGGUUUCAAGCGCAUCACAAUUUGCUGGUGUCAUUCACUGGAUCAGCCUGGUUAUCCUAUCGAUCUUCUUUUCCGAGACUAUUUUGAGAAUAGUCGUACUUGGUAUAUGGGACUAUAUUGAAAACAAAAUUGAGGUAUUUGAUGGUGCUGUGAUCAUCUUAUCAUUGGCUCCCAUGGUAGCCUCUACAGUGGCUAACGGGCCCAGCAGCCCAUGGGAUGCUAUUAGCCUCAUUAUUACCCUGAGAAUUUGGAGAGUCAAGCGGAUUAUUGAUGCCUACGUCCUGCCGGUUAAAGUGGAAAUGGAGAUGGUGAUUCAGCAGUACGAAAAAGCCAAGGUUAUUCAGGACGAGCAGCUGGAAAGACUGACCCACAUCUGCCAAGAACAGGGGUUCGAAAUCCGACAGCUGCGGGCACAUCUGGCCCAGCAAGACCUGGACCUGGCAGCUGAGAGGGAGGCAGCUUUGCAGGUGCCUCACAUGCUGAAGAAACAGACAGGCAACCGAUACAAAGUGGUGGCCACCGGAGGCGAUUCUGAUGACGAAACCACCGAGAACAUCACGGAGUUGCGUCCGGCUCGGGAGACUGUGGUGAAAGACGACAUGAACAACUACAUCAGUCAAUACUACAACGAACCCAGCAGUGACAGCGGUGUGCCUGAAGGGGCCUUCUGCGUCAUCACAACAGCGGCCAUCGACGUCCACCAGCCCAACGUCUCCUCCGACCUCUUCAUGGUGGAAAUGCCGAUGAAGAUGAUGGAGAGCAACGGGAUCUCCACGAGCGCCGCAUCAGGCAGCGCCUCCAGGUCCACGGACAGCUCAGUCACCCGAACGCAGAGCGACAGCAGCCAGACCUUUGGCUCUUCCACGGACUGCAGCACGACGCGGGAGGAGUCCUCCGAGUACUGCCCCUUAAAGCGGCCCUGCCAGGCAGGCCAAGGCGCUCAGGUCAGCUCCUCUUCGCCCCAUCGCAGGGUCCAUAACGCCGUCGUCCAGGAACUGUUGUCCUCCUUAUCGGAGGACUCCUGCUUAACCCAAAAGGGUCUGGACCCCGUGAACCUUAAACUGCCAAGCCCAGCGGGGUCGGCCACCGCCAGCCCUGAACUGGAGCGCCGCGUCAAUAUUUACAACAAAAAGAACCAAGAAAACUUUGGAGUCUUUCAGAAAAAGCCGGUCAUCCACUUCCAGCAGAAGACACAGGUGAUCGACAAGUACAUGUCAUUGGAAUCCCAAUAGCCAAGGUUCAGCAGCAUCCCGGAUUCCUAGUCUUCGGUUGAGUCGCGCGGUUCAGACGGCUGGGUGGUUCGCCAGGGGUGUGGGGGCAACAUCCUUAAAGCUUUAAAACGGGGGGGACCCCGGAACCAUUCCGGGGUGGGUGUUUCAUGUGGAUUGGAAAUUGUUUUUUUCAAAAAUGCAUGAGUUACGAGAGCCAGCACGAAAAAUAAGAAAUCGACAAAUUCUGUCACCUGGAGUCUUUUGGGUGGGGGGGUCGCCCUCAAGGGAGAGUUGGGGGGGGGGAAGGGAGGUGAACGCAGUUCAAACAAUGACCUCAAAAGAUGUAUAGAUUCUUAAGGUGUGGGGGAUUUGUUUUGUAAGCCAAGCGAACACAAAUCCUAUCCUUUUUACUGAACUUUGGACAAUCUUCUAUAAAGACUCACCUCGUUCCUCCUGACGAUUUCUUACGACGUCCCCUUUGUAAUGUGACCAAUUAUGAAUCCAUUUGUAUUGACAGUUAUUUUUGAUCUUCCUGGGGAGGGGAAAAAAAACCCACCCCCCGCCCUGUUUUUCAAGAAGUACUUUGAAUGAUGCCGCUCAAAGACAUCUUUAAAUACUUUAAAAAGAAUUUUAAAGUAAGUGUUCUCUUAUUUUUAGCAUGAACUUUGGGGGAAGAAAUAUUUUGGAGAAAAAAAAAACAAUUAUUAUUAUUGCCUCUGGGGGUAAACAGAACAAAAAUGGGCAUUUUGCAAAUACAAUUUUAAUUAAAAUAUUUUUUUUAUUAAAAAAAAAUAUUCUAAAUCAGUGUUUUGAUUUUUAUUACCCCUAGCUGGAAGAGCUGACCAUAUAGCAGCUUUUGCUUAAAAGGUUUUUUUUUAAAAAAAGAAAAAUAUCUUAAACACGAAACUUUUAAUUUAUAAUUGAUUUUCCAACUCUGUUAUUAAGUCAACAUUGACUCUUUAACGACCACACUUUAGAAUAAUGUAAGGAAUUCCCACAGCCUGAUAUAAUACAAAAUACGGCAGAUGUAUAUGUUUAUUAGAGAAUUAGAAAAAGAGUUCGGGAAGUAACGAAGCCAAAUGGAAAAGGCAAAAAUUGAUGUAUUUGCAAGAUCGUCAUCGGCCAUUCUUUUUUUGGCAAUUUUUACAUUUCUAGUUUUGAUAAAACAUAAUUUAAACGGCUUAAAAAUAAUUUCCCUCU